AUGGGAGAUGACAACGCUUCUGUCAACAGGAGGAAGAGAGAAGCCGAAGUUCGUGCCGUGGCUGAGUUUCGUUCUUCCAUCAGCGAUGCUCUGUCCAACAUGUCCCACGCCGCUUUGUUGACCGAGCUACGUGAAGCUGAGAAUCGCUGCGUCAUGUACGAAGAACGGGCCCUCACUACCGAACUACCUCGUGUGAAGAAACUCUAUGACGAAACUGUCAGGAAGCUUGAGAAGCGAAUCACAAAGAUCCAGGAAAUGGUGGAUGCCAUCAUGGAGCAGAAUGCAAGCGCCAAAGGACCGAGGAAGUCCAAGAUACCGAGGAGGAAGAUAGCAUUGCCCAGGAGAGUGGAAGCACUGGCUAUUGAAAGUGGCCAUGGUCGCAUUGUUUGUGUUGUGUUGAAGUGA